AUGGAUGAAUGUUUUGGCAGAUGGCAGAGAGACACUGUCAAAAGGCUGUUUUUCAACAACAAAUGCAGAGCUGCAGAUUUUUAUAACGAGGUUAACAUUAUUAGUGGCGUUGAGCACAAAAAUUUGGUACGUAUUGCUGCUACUACUGUUACUAUUAUUACUACUACUGCUACUACUACUAUUGUUGCUGCUACUGCGGGUGCUAUUGGUGCUGCUAUUGCUACUGCUACUACUGCUGCUACUACUACUACUGCUGCUACUCCUACUCCUACUGCUGCUACUGCUACUACUGUUUCUGCUACCGCUGCUACCGCUACUUCUACUGGUGCUGUUGCUGCUGCUACUACUACUACUACUGCUACUGCUGCUACUACUGUUGCUGCUCCUGUUCCUGCUCCUGCUUUUACUACUACUACUACUCCUCCUCCCCCUACUACCGCCACCAUCACCACCAAUAUACUACUAAUACUGCUACUACUACUCCUCCUCCUACUGCUGCUGCUACUACUGUUGCUCCUACUAGUAGUAGUAGUGGUAGUGGUGUGUGUGGGGUGGGGGUGA